AUGUUUGUCUUAACAGAAAUAUCGGACUUGGUCCGCAUUCCUCCGCAUACAUUCCAUAUACCAAUUCAACAUUCGCUAACAGAUGAGUUAAACAAAAAAUAUGCUAAUAAAGUUAUAUCGAAUCUCGGGUUAGUAGUAACAAUCUGGGAUCUACUUGAUAUCAAAGAUGGAUUAUUAAAACCAGGAGAUGGGGGAUCAUAUGUCGAAACUAAAUUCAGAUGUGUGGUAUGGAAACCUUUUGUAGGAGAAGUACUAAGUGGUUGGGUAAGUGAUUGUACUCCAGAAGGUAUAAAAGUUCGAUUAGAAUUCUUUGAUGAAAUAUUUAUACCCAAGAAUUAUUUAUUUGAAAGUUGUGAAUUUAAACCAGUUGAAAAAGCAUGGGUUUGGAAACCUGAUGAAGAUACUGAAUUGUUUAUUGAUAUAAAUGAAAAAAUCAGAUUUAGAGUUGAAGAAGAAGUAUUUAUGAAUAUUAAACCAAAAUCUUCAAAUGAAGCUGCUGGACUUGAAGAACCUACAAACAAAGCACCUCCAUAUGCAAUCUUAGCUUCGUGUCAAACUGAUGGUAUGGGAUGCACAUCAUGGUGGGAAUAG